AUGAUAUGCCAGAAGCCUGCGGGAGCCAUCUCUGGGCAGCAGACGAUGGACGGGGACUUCAGGUGGAGCAAACAGCUGCCCGGAGACUGCUGCCUCUCCGAGAGUCUUCGCGAGGUCGUGACCCCGCUGCUGCAGAACCUGACGGAGACGGACGCCAGUCGUCAGUGGACGUUCGCCACCUUCCUGGACGAGAGCCAAGUCAUUCUGAGCAUGCGCAGGUUUCACGUCUGCGACACGGAGUGCGGGCGCGAGUUCCUGAUGUACCUGCGUCCUAAACAAAGAGGUACCGGCCGAGGAGCAGAUCCUCUUCCACAGAGUGCAGCCUCUGUCCAUUUUGCUGAGCAGCCGUGCGUCGGUGAAAGACUUACCGGAGACGGAGAUCUGUCAACCGUUGCUGCUGCUCACUCGCCGAGGGUCAGAGGGGCGCUGCAUCAAGGACACGCAAGGUCUUCCGCAGGCACUGCCAAGGGGGGCCACUCUCGAGGCCGACGUGACAGCGGCAUUUCGGGUAUGCCGGGAUAUCCAUCACCUUGUCCGCGCAGCCAGCAGCGCCGAGCGUCUUCCCAGCAUCCUCUUCUCUGCAGUUCUGGCGCUCAGGACUGCUUUGACCUCGUGGUGUCCACAGUGGAAACGAGGUUUCGCGUGCUGUCGGCCACGUGCCAGGAACGUCAGAUCCGGCUUGGGGUCCUGACGCAGAUCGUGGACACCACUUCCGGGCUGACCGCCGGGGCUCAGACAAGAGCCGAAAAACUGAGGGAAGCUCAGCAACUAUGCACACAGCUGCGUGAGUCGUUAUGGAAGAUCAAAUACAAGCUAGAUGAAGUGAGAAAGACUGUGGAACCACCUGGUUUUGAGAACACCUGCAGCUUUCUCUUGCGCGACGGAGACGGGACUGCACGGGCGUUAGAAAACAUCUUUGCCCUAGCCAAGAGCACUUGGCAGAAGAUUCGAGAACGGAAAGAAAAAAUACCUCUCACGGAGGAUGAACAGGGCAAACACGCCGGUGACAGGGAAGUCAUGAAUAGACUGUGUGCGGAAGGCAUAAAGCAUUUACAGAAAACUCUGGCGACAAAGUCGAAAUUGCUGCAAGAAUUUUCUUCUCUAAAACGGAUGCUGUGUGAGCGACUAGACUCGGCCCAGGCGGUGGACAGCGAGCUGCUGAGAGUCAAGGACGAGAGCGAGAACUUCUCGAAGCUUCUGAGCGAGCUGUGGACCUGCGUGUCAGGGGACCUUAAGGUGCUGUCGGAAAUGAGCAGAGUGUCCUUGGCAUCCUCAUCCUCGGGCAGUGAGUCUGUGAAGGACAGCUUCAAUAAACUUUUGAGUGAUGAUCUUCCUGACCUGGAAACAUUUCAGUUAUAGCUGUUUGGACAUUCAUCCCCAUCCUCCAUUUAGUCCCAGAGACAAGCCCUCGACAAUAUGUUCAGUCAGGCGUACGGUCAACGAAGAUGUUGAGCCAGUGGCAGACUGAACCCUCUAAGGAUAAAUAUCUUCAGAGAGCGAAAAACAUUUAAAGACGAUUUAAGUUGCUGUUUGCAACAGGAACAUUGUGACCAGGUCUUGUGACAUUUAGCAGCUGGAUGUAGCACGAGGGGGAUGUCAGAUGAAAGCAGAAUUUCGUGUAAUGUGCUGUUGUGUGAACCAGAAAGCAGGAAACAUUAUUAUGUUACAUGUGCUUGUAAAACAUCCCUCAUCAUCGAAAUAUUAUGACAAGACUUGCCCUGAUAGACAGGAAAAAAAAAAAAACAAUGAGAGAGAGAGGUGUUCUCACUGCGGGCCAAUGUGAUGUAAACUACAUUUAACUGAGAUUAGUUUGUAAAUUGUGGUGGAUGACACCAACAGCUGGUUGUAAUGCCACAAUGUCUGUCUUCUCAACUUGAUUUUCGCAUGCUGCUGAAGAUUUGCUUAUUUAGGAGGUCGAAGGACCCUCCCAUACAAAUGCCAGUCCGUGUUUGAAGCUACUCCCCCAACCCCCGGGAUGCAGUGUGAUUAUCUCUGUAAUAACUGGUAAAACACAGGCCUUGUGACACCAGUUAAAGACAUUUUUUGAGAUGAGGGAAAAGGACGAAAAUACAUUGCCCUUUGCUCCGAGGCUCCUGUUAAUAUUUCCCUCUAGAAUAACCAUAGACAGAUUGUUCAGGUGUAGUGUCACUGUAGACAGUAUGUGCAUGUGUAGACUGUAUGUGACUAGACACUGUGUAUGUGACUGUGUACACAUGGCUGUAGACAUUGUGUAUGUGACUGUACUCAUGGCUGUAGACACUGUGUAUGUGACUGUACUCAUGGCUGUAGACACUGUGUAGACAUUGUGUAUGUGACUGUGUACACAAUUCAGACAUUGUAGACAUUGUGUAUGUGACUGUGUACACAUGACUGUAGACAUUGUGUAUGUGACUGUGUACUCAUGGCUGUAGACACUGUGUAUGUGACUGUGUACACAAUUCAGACAUUGUAGACAUUGUAUAUGUGACUGUGUACACAUGACUGUAGACACUGUAUAUGUGACUGUGUACUCAUGGCUGUAGACACUGUGUAUGUGACUGUGUACACAAUUCAGACAUUGUAGACAUUGUAUAUGUGACUGUGUACACAUGACUGUAGACACUGUAUAUGUGACUGUGUACACAUGGCUGUAGACACUGUGUAGACAUUGUGUAUGUGACUGUGUACUCAUGUCUGUAGACAUUGUGUAUGUGACUUUACUCAUGUCUGUAGACACUGUGUAGACAUUGUGUAUGUGACUGUGGGCAGACUGUGUACACAUGACUGGAGACACUGUAAACAUUGUGUAUGCGACUGUGUACACAAUUCAGACAUUGUAGACAUUGUGUAUGUGACUGUGUGCAGACUGUGUACUCAUGUCUGUAGACACUGUAAACAUUGUGUAUGUGACUGUGUACACAAUUCAGACAUUGUAGACAUUGUGUAUGUGACUGUGUACACAUGGCUGUAGACACUGUACAUGUGACUGUGAGUUUGUUAUCACAAGGGGUAGAAGACAAACAGGACUGGUAACAUCUCUGUGUACCGCUGAGGUAUUUACCCAGCAGCUGGUGGCGGCAACGGGUUUAAGUGUCUUGUUUUAAAUCUUGUUUUCGUUUUGCUGUAAUCUCUUCACCUGUUUGAGUGUUUCUUUUUUCGCCUACCUUUUCUCAUCACAUCAUUUAGCUGAUUUUCUACUCACUCAUCUCAACUGAUUCUGAGUCAUGGUGUGCGGCACGGAGUGAGCUGAGUUACUGAAUUCGAACUUUAAAAAAAACAUAUCAGGGCAAGUGGCAGCAGCCUCAGUAGUCUCAAGAUGAAGUAGGUGGUUACCAUGGCAACAAACUAAACAAUGUCUAGUUAUAGUCACGUGGAGGGCUAGACUCUGAACCUCUUGCUAGAAACUUGUCAGUUUACAAGAGUGCAAUAGUUUUAUCACAACGCUGGGCGGACCUCAGUGAGGUAGCAUUCUCCUCAAAACUGAGUGAGUAAAGUCCCUCAUCGUCUAAGAGAUUGCAAAUAUCAUCAUGAACGUUAACAAAAAAAUUCACAAGAAUAAGGAGGCUUUGUUCCUAUGCGUUGUCAAGGCUACAGCCAAUGAGAGUGCUUGUACCUUGUACAUUUGUGACGUCAUGGGGAUGAGCUCGUUGUGGGCAUGAUGACGUAUGUAGGCGUGACUCUCGACAGCGGAGACGGACUGUUCUCUGAGUUUGGGAAAUGCUAUCAUCUGUCGAGUUGAACCCAGUAGGAUAAACAAAUGUGCUCUUGUAGAUUUUAAAGCGGUGUAAAAUGUGAAAUGUAUACUGUGCAUGUUAAACUGGUUAUUUACUAAAUAAUGUGUACAUUAUGAUAAGCAUGUCAGUUAUGAUCGUAAGAUGUAUGUAGGCAUAAAGUUUUAUACUUGCGAACAUAGGUCAGGAUAGAAUAUAGAAGUUGUACAUACAGUUGUGUAUACUAGUAUAUCUGUAGUUGCGGAUACUAAUGAGUGUUUCCAGGGUGUGUGUGCACGUGCAGCCAGUGGGAGGGAGACGACCUGCUUACGUCACCAGGGGGUCACUGCCGAAACGUCGUGGCUCUCUACUCACGUGACCAGCGGGUUGUCAGACCUGCAGUGACCGGCGUGAAAGUGAGGAUGAGUGGGUGGGCAGGGGGCUAGUGUAUUAGAGUAGCCGACCAUCGUCAACUGACUGAGAGCAAGUCUUUGUCCAACAUAUAGAAAACAAAGAAACAAAAAAACAACAACAUUCAGCAGUUUUUGUCGUUUUGAUACUUUGGCGUAAAACUAAAAUGUCUAUGCUCUGAUAGAAACGAUUCGGUGCCUUUUAAGCGAACCCUUAUGUCUGAAAACAUCUUUGUUAUCAUCAUCAUUAUCAUCAGCAUCAUCAUCACACCGUCACAUCAUGGUUGUGGCUAAUUUCUCUUUCACUCGAACUGUUGUCCUUAGACCGUGUGAUGAUUCUAUUUAUUAUGUCUAAUGUUUUUGAGAAGACUUGUUUCAACGCAAUAUUUGUCUGUUUAGACCAACGACCAUUAUGUUUGACCGAUUCGGCAAAUAAAACCAUGAAUACAGUACAA